AGCCCCCCUCGGCUCGUCGUUCGUUGCCCCGCCUCUCUCAUCUCCCCGUCGUCGCUCAUCAGAGCUCGCACGGCUCUUGAAGGAUCCAUUGGCGGCCUCCUCAGUAGCUUAGGAAAGGGGCCACGACUCGUGCUGUGCGACAAGAGGCAGAGACCGUUCGCCGCCCUCCUCUGCUGAUUUCCGGUCGCCGUCCGGGACAAACUUUCCACCCACAUUCCUAGAUCUCGCGCACUUGCCAGACGAAGUCGGCGCGUCAAGCACAAUGUCGGGGACGGACUUGCAGGAAAAGAUUGCGGCGGCGAGGAGAGAGGCAGAUGGGCUCAAGGACCAGAUCAAGAGCAGGAGGGACAAGAUGGCAGAUACCAGCUUGAAAGCAAUGGCCGCAGGGGAGCUGGAGCCGCUGCCGAGAUUGUCGAUCAAGGUCCGACGAACGCUCAAGGGCCACUUGGCCAAGAUCUACGCCAUGCACUGGGCCAUGGACAAGCGGCAUCUUGUCUCGGCCUCGCAGGACGGUAAGCUGAUCAUCUGGGAUGCCUACACGGCCAACAAGCUCCACGCCAUCCCGUUGCGGUCCUCGUGGGUCAUGACGUGCGCGUAUGCGCCUUCGGGCAACCUCGUCGCCUGCGGUGGUCUCGACAACAUCUGCUCCAUCUACAACCUCAACUCGAGAGAGGGCUCCGUCAAGGUGGCUCGGGAGCUGAGUGCGCACACGGGCUACCUCAGCUGCUGCCGCUUCCUCAAUGACCGCCAGAUCCUGACAUCGAGCGGCGACAUGACGUGCCUCCUCUGGGACAUUGACGCCGGCGUCCGCGUCCAGGAGUUCAACGACCACACGGGCGACGUCAUGAGCAUCUCCCUCUCGCCGCAUCCCAGCAUCUUUGUCUCGGGUGCCUGCGAUGCCGUGGCCAAGCUGUGGGACAUCCGGACAGGCAAGUCCGUCCAGUCCUUUUCCGGUCACGAGAGCGACAUCAACGCGGUCCAGUUCUUCCCCAAUGGCGACGCCUUUGCCACGGGCUCCGACGACGCCUCGUGCAGGCUCUUUGACCUGCGUGCCGACCGGGAGCUGUGCCAGUACACCCACGACAACAUCCUCUGCGGCAUCACCUCGGUCGGCUUCAGCUCCUCGGGCCGCGUCCUCUUUGCGGGCUACGACGACUACAACGUCAACGUCUGGGACACACUCAGAGUCGAGCGGGCCGGCGUGCUCGCCGCACACGAGAAUCGGGUCAGCUGCUUGGGCGUCAGCAACGACGGCAUGGCGCUCUGCACGGGAAGCUGGGACAGCAGGCUGAUGAUCUGGGCAUGAGGAAAGAGAAAGAAAGAAACGAAGCAAAAAGGUCGCAUAUACCCUUCCUCCUUCCUCUCCCUCUCCUCUUCCUCUUCCGCUUCCUCGUCACUCUCCUCUCUUUUGGCCUCUUCCUCCUCUUCCGGCCAUCCACCCAGCAGGUCUGCUACUUAGAUCCCGUCUCCUUUUCCUUCAUCAACGGGACACUCUCCAUCCUCGGCUGACCCGCUCAUACGCUCUCUCCGUCCUCCUCACCGUCUCUCAAAUCGCUCAAUUAUGUCCGUAACACCUUCUUCGUCACUCGAGUCUUUUUUAGCCCCUCGCCACUUUCCUCCUGAAAGUAUCUCUACAUUCUCCCCUGUUGUCUCUCUCGAUCAAUACACAAUCGUCUUUUCACAAGUCUUGAACCAUCUUUUCGUCACACGU